AUGGCAACUAUAUCCACCCAAUUAAUUCAAGAAAUAUUCACGGAGAAUAUGCACUACUCAAGAAGACUACUUGUAGCUUCCCCUCCACAAUACCACCUUGAGCCCAUCAUGGCUCCAUCGUCCAACCCCGGAAACAGCCACGACGACGACUCAAAAUAUGUACUACUAGUGGUCAACAACGUCCCGAUUGAUGCAAGAGUUUUGAUAAUAUUGUCAGUAAUUUUUUGUGGCUUGAUUUGUACACUUUUCUUGAACUCUAUCAUAAAGUGUGCAUUUAGGAGCUCUAGCCUAUUGCUGAACAACUCAUCCUUAAAUCAUAGAAACCCUUCGACAACAAAGCUAGCAACUAAGGGGAUUAAGAAGAAAACCCUCGAUACGUUCCCCGUUAUAACCUACAAUACUAGGUUGGAACAUCCAGGAUUUGACUCUGAUUGUGUCAUUUGCUUAUCAAAAUUUAAAAUCGGAGAGAAAGUUAAGAUUCUACCUAAGUGUAACCAUUGCUUCCACGUCAAGUGUAUCGAUAAAUGGCUUAAUUCCCACUCCUCUUGCCCUACUUGUAGGCAUUGCCUAAUUGAGACUUGUCCAAAAAUUGUGCCUAGUGAUACUUCAUCAUCACUACCAGUUCAAGAAGUCAUAGUAAGGAUUGAACCUCUCCAACAUGAAAGUGUGGUAUCUAGCAAUUAA